CCAAGCAAUUUUAUAUUAUUGUCACCCGUAUUUAAUAAGGUAUGCCACUUGUUGAAACCUAAGUGCGAUUUCGAUCUAUGCCAUAACUAGGCAUUUUCACCUAAUUAAACAGACAGAAACUUGAUCCAUUCAUUCGAUUCAAAGAUUCGUAAUCAUGAUUCACGGUCAAAAAGCAGGAAAUAUGUAUUUGAGAAAGUUAUUAAACAGUUUAUUGAGUAUGAAAGGUUGAAUAUAGGUUACUAUAAUAUAUAUAUACAUAUAACGAGAACAAAGAGAAUAAACUAUAGUAAGUCAAUAAUGGCAAGUGUUUCAUCGUUAAGCUCCAUUUUCCUUCUUCAGUGUUUAAUUUUUAUAUGCGCUGCAACUCCAACUUCACCAGCUUCAACUCCAGAAAACUUUAUCCAAUGCGUGUCCAAAAAUUCCGAACUUUCAGUACCAGUCACCACAACCCUUUUCACACCAAACAAUUCUUCAUUCAAUUCAAUACUCGACUCCACGGCAACAAAUCUCAGGUUCUUGAGACCUUCUCUCCCAAAACCAGAGUUUAUAUUCACUCCAGUACAUGAUUCCCAAGUCCAAGCAGCCGUUAUUUGUUUGAGAAAGCUGGGAUUACAACUCAGACUUCGUAGCGGAGGACACGACUUCGAAGGAGUCUCCUACACAUCUGAAAGUCAAGCCCCUUUCGUCAUUAUUGAUCUAGUCAAUCUUAGACGUAUCGAGGUUAACAUCGAAGAUACCUCGGCGUGGGUUCAGGCCGGUGCCACAAAUGGAGAACUUUAUUAUAGAAUCUCUCAGAAAAGCAGAGUACAUACUUUCCCAGCUGGAAUUUGCACGAGUUUAGGCAUCGGCGGCUACAUAACAGGAGGUGGUUAUGGCUCUCUGCUAAGAAAAUAUGGUCUGGCGGCUGAUAACGUUGUUGAUGCUCUAAUCGUCGAUGUUAAUGGUAAAAUUCUCGAUAGAAAAGCCAUGGGAGAAGACUUGUUUUGGGCAAUAAGAGGUGGUGGUGGUGGAAGCUUUGGAAUCAUUCUUUGGUGGAAGAUUAAACUUGUUUCCGUCCCGGAAAAAGUUACCGUUUUUCGAAUCACUAAGACUUUGGAGCAAGGAGCGAAGAAGAUCAUCCAUAAGUGGCAACAUAUUGCGGAUAAGCUUGAUGAAGAUUUAUUCCUUAGGGUCACUACGACAGUGGCUAACGGUACAAAGAUUGGUCAAAGAACUAUAGCAACUACUUAUGAAGCUCUGUUCCUUGGAAAUACUAAUGGACUUUUACGAAUUAUGGAUCAUAGCUUUCCUGAGUUGGGUUUGAUCAAGAAAGAUUGUAUGGAAAUGAGUUGGAUUGAGACUGCGGCGUUUCUUGAAGGAAGACAGAAUGGAACACCAGUGGAGUACCUUCUUCAAUCGAAAUCUAUAUUCAAUACCUUUUUCAAAGGAAAGUCUGACUUUAUCAAGAAACCCAUACCAGAUGUUGGUCUGGAGGGGCUGUGGGAAAGGUUGUUGGAGAAAGAUAUUCAAGCGGCCAUAAUAUGGACUCCAUAUGGUGGAAAGAUGAGCAUGAUUCCGGAAUCUGAUUCCCCUUUCCCUCAUAGGAAAGGAAUCAUUUUCAUGAGUCUGUACUUUAACACUUGGAAUAUUGGAGAGCAACACCCUGAAAAACACAUUAAUUGGAAUAGAAAGUUGUACGAGUAUAUGGCUCCUUAUGUUUCCAUGUCUCCACGUGAAGCUUAUGUGAAUUAUAGGGAUCUUGAUAUUGGGAGGAACAAGAAGAUGAACAACCCUACAAGCUUUAAACAAUCAAGAGUUUGGGGGGAAAAGUAUUUCAAGGCUAACUUCGAUAGAUUGGUCAGUGUGAAAAGUAAAGUUGAUCCGGAUAACUUCUUCUGGCAUGAACAGAGUGUUCCACCUCGAAAAUGAUUUACAUAAUACAUAUAAAGUCAAAUAAUGUGUCUUGUUUCUCUACAAUAAUAUUUAGAUGAAUAAGGUUUUGUAUGUGAGCCAGAUUUAGGCUUAAGGGUUACCUUAGCGGGCUCUCGCCCUAUAUACCUCGUAGCCCGAAGACUAGUCGAUUAUAUGUUAUGCAAUAAUUUUAUGUAAAACUAUAUGUUGCAUUAACUUUUAUGAACACACAAAUAUAUAAUAUUUUUAAAAA